AGUUUACUGUUAUUCAAUCCUUCUUGGUUUGUGUAGGUAGUAGGUCGUGUUAUUCAGCGAUAGUCGAUUUUAACAUUUAGUCGAUUUUUUUAAUCAUUACAUCACUUUUGCUUCGCACAGUGUAUAGUAGACAUUAAAUUCAAUAGACGCACGUCAAAUCAAAGUUGUUUUCAAAACUUAAACAUAACCUAAAAUUAUAGCCGCUUUAUUACAAUUCUCAUAAAAAUGAAGGAAGACAAUGUUGAUAUUGAUACUAAAAAUGUAGUUAAAAACCGCGAGCUUCUCUAUCGGAUGAUAAUAAGUCAAUUGUACUAUGACGGCUACCAGCCCAUAGCUGCGACGUUGGCAGCAGCUGUACACGCUGACCCACCGUGCCCUCCCAGCGACAGGCUGCUCAAUGUCAUGAUGGUGGGCCUACAGCAUGAGCCAGACCGGAAAGAUAGGCUGGCUGCAUCGAAUGCUGCCGAGCAUCUUUUGGGCACAACCGGCUUUGACUUGGAGUACGAAAUGGACGCUUCCUCCCUGGCCCCUGAGCCGGCCACGUAUGAGACGGCAUACGUGACUUCGCACAAGAUGUCUUGCCGGGCUGGAGCCUUCAGUCACUGCGGACAGCUGGUGGCUACUGGCAGUGUCGAUGCCAGUAUCAAGAUUUUAGAUGUGGAGAGGAUGCUCGCGAAAUCAGCUCCCGAGGAGGUGGAGCAAGGGAGGGAGCAACAGGGGCAUCCCGUCAUCAGAACCCUAUACGACCACACUGAUGAAAUUACAGCGCUCGAUUUUCAUCCCCGAGAACAGAUCUUAGUGUCGGCAUCAAGGGAUAACUGCAUCAAGCUCUUCGACAUCACCAAAGCAUCAGCGAAGAAGGCCUUUAAAUCAAUUACGGACGCUGAACCGGUACUGUGCGUGGCUUUUCAUCCCCUCGGAGACCACAUCAUAGCCUCGACGACACAUCCGGUCAUCCGGUUAUAUGACGUCACUACCAGUCAGUGCUUCGUCUGCCCUAUACCGUCUCAUCAUCACAAGAAACACGUCAAUUCUAUAAAAUUCUCGCCUAACGGUAAGUAUUUUGCGAGCGGCAGCGCUGACGGCUCCAUAAAGCUGUGGGACACCGUGUCCAAUAGAUGUUUCAACACGUUCACGAACGCUCACGAGGGAUACGAGGUCUGCUCGGUCGCUUUCACGAAGAACAGCAAGUAUCUGCUGACUUCUGGGAUGGAUUCCUCGAUAAAACUGUGGGAACUGGCCAGCAGCAGAUGCCUGAUCCAAUACACGGGAGCCGGAACGACGGGCAAACAGGACCACUACGCUCAGGCCGUGUUCAAUCACACCGAAGACUACGUGCUCUUCCCUGACGAGGUGACGACUUCACUCUGCACUUGGCAGUCGAGGAGCGCCAGCAGGUGUCAGCUGAUGUCACUGGGUCACAACGGGACCGUCAGGUACAUAGUACAUUCCGGGACCGCACCAGCUUUCCUGACCUGCAGCGACGACUACAGAGCCAGAUUUUGGUACAGGAGGAACACUCAUUAGAGUUCCUAAUCGUUUAUGGUCACCGUCGACUGGCGAGCAGGUGGGGAUCUGAGAGUGAGUGGUCACUGUCGCUCAUAGACACUUGAUGCCGAGUUGCUGACUACUGAUCAGUACUCUCCACAAGCCUCGUUUGAAGAAGGACAUGUCAUAGCGCUCGGGAAACACCGUGGAGGGGAGCUCAUUCCAAAGCCGGAUGUACAGUACAUGCUGGAAAGUAUCUUUGGAAACGCACUGUAGAUCAACGCAAUGCUUCUUGGUGAUAUGAACGAAUCCUGUUCCGCUGGCGGGAUGCGCGAUGGUAAAAACGUGAUGAUGGAUGAUGGGAUCAUCUCAAAGAAUUCUUCAGAGUCCCUACCUUCCUUGCAGCUCGAAAUGUCUUGGACAAUUAGUGAUAAGCGCGAAACAGUAAUAAAGAUAUGUGUUUUUAAAUUUG